AUGAGGUCUGUCUGGUUUGCAGGUCAGGCUGUGAGGCAGGUGAGGCAUGGAUCCUCUGCCUCUGACAACUUCCACGCAAAGUACGGCACCGGUUUGAUGGCCAGCGGAGCUGUAUUCUGCGUAGCUGUGUGGGGAUAUGUGCUGACUCAGACUGGCAUCACCUGGAACAUGUCACCUGUUGGGAAGGUGAUGCCUAAAGAAUGGAGGGAAGCUGAGGAGGAGUGA